GCUCCACGAGCUGCAUACGGAAUGAUCUGGAUAUAAAAAGUCGUUUUUGCUGAGAAGGUUUUGGAUUAAUUCACUAGCAGCUCGGUGUGUUCUGGGUGUUCAUGUUGUGUUUGAGGUUUAACUUCCGGUUUUAUUCAACCCUGAGUGUGUGAUGUUGAAUAUUAGAGCAUUUUAUUUCCUGUGUGUCCACAGGUGUGUGUGUAAAAGAGAGAGCGAGAGAGAGAGAGAGAGAGAGAGAGAAAACGGGAGAGCGAGAAGGAGAGACAAAGCUAUGCCACUGGUGAAGAGGAACAUUAAGCCCCAUCAUGUGUGUCGUGUUGCUGUACCUGAGAGUGUCGGCUGUGAGCUGGAGUGUGUAACAAACAACACACUGUCUGCCAUUAUUCAACAACUCAGCAGCCUCAGUAAGCAAGCGGAGGACGUGUUCGGUGAACUUUUCAAUGAAGCAAACACUUUUUAUGUUCGUGCGAACUCUCUGCAGGACCGAAUCGACCGCCUCGCUGUCAAAGUCACACAACUGGACUCCACUGUGGAGGAAGUGUCUCUGCAGGACGUGAACAUGUGGAAGGCCUUCAGAAGCUCUACAGUGGAGGAUCAGCAGGUCAUGUCUCGAUUCAGCAUCCCUAACCCUGUAGCUGAGAUGUACAACAGCUGUGAGAAACCUCCAGCUCUCAGUGUUCUCUCCAACUACAGAGAGGAUCAUGUGGACGGAAUAAAGUUCUACACGGAUCCGUCUUAUUUUUUCGACCUCUGGAAGGAAAAAAUGCUUCAGGACACCGAGGACAAGAGGAAAGAGAGGAGGAGACAAAGAGAGCAGAGUGGUGUAGAUGAUGGAGUGUUACAGCGUGAGGUCCGGAAGGUGCGUAAAGUGCGGAAUCGUCGUCAGGAAUGGAAUGUGAUGGCGUUUGAUAAAGAGCUGCGUCCUGAUCACAAUGUCCAACAGGGGGUGCUGUCUGAUAGCUCACUGUCUCCUGAGGCCAGCAGACCAAACAUUCCAGGCCACACCCACUUUCUGCCCAACCACCUGUCUGAUUCCUUUGAAGGGGCGGAGCAUGAGUACCAAAGCAUUGGUGGAGCAGUGGGUGUGGCUGACAGCAGCAUUCCUGCUGGACAUGGAUCAAAUCUGUCCUCCUCUCUGAACAUACUCGCAGGGGGUGGAGUUAAUGGUGACAUCACACUUCCACCUGUAGAUUAUGGUUUGAUGGAUUAUUAUGCCAGUCCCAGUCCUCUUCUCCCUCCUCCAGCUUCCAUCAUACCCUCAUCACACAGCACUUUUGCCACGCUCUUAACACCUUCAGCCCAACCUGGACCAUCCAGCUCUGCUUUAUCUUAUCCCCUCCCACCUGUUCCACUUCCUGGGCCACUUCUAACCCCGCCUCCUCCAGGACCUCCACCUCCACCUGUACCUCCUGUUUUGUCUCACUUGAUGCGAACAGGGGAGGGGCGGAGCCAGGAUUCUCAGCCAAUCACAGAUGGACGCAGUGACUUGCUGACGGCUAUACGAAUGGGUAUCCAGUUAAAGAAGGUUCAGGAGCAGAGAGCCUUGAGGGAAUGUUCAGAAAAUGACGUGGCCUCCAUCCUGUCCAGGCGUAUCGCGGUUGAGUACAGCGAGUCUGAGGACGAGUCUGAGCUGGACGUCAACGAGUGGUCUGACUGAGACUGAACACACACACACACACACACACACACACACACACACACACACACUAUGCUGUGCUAAAAGUAUUGGCACCCCUUUUCUUCAAUCCAUCAAUAGACAAGGUUCAGUUGUGAGCCGAAGCGUUUGACAUACACUCAGUGUGUUAGAUUAUUUAUUCUUAUUUAUUUAUUUUAUAAUUUAUCAGUUUAUUUCUUCCUUGUCGCACCUUUUAUGCAAAAAAGGAUACUAGAUUUAGAUUUAUAGCAGCUUCAAAUAACUUUACUACAAUAAUGUGAUUUUCAGAGAUUUACUACAAAAAAAGAUUCACAGCUUCAUUUUAUUUAUUAAUUUGUUUGUUUAUUGCUUUGAUUGAUUUCCUGCUCAGUUAAUAAUAUUAUUAAUAUUAUAUAUUAUAUAAUUCAGUUAUUCAAAUCAUAUUCCUAGAUAUUUGUUAAUUUAGUGGACAUUAAUAUCAGUGUCUGACUUUAGGAAACACAAAUACUUUUUUAUCAGCAUCUGAUCCUGAUGUUUGUCUCUGUAACAUUUAUUUAUUUAUAUAUUUAUAUAUUUGAUCGAUUGAUUUAGCACUUGAUCAAUCAAUUAAUUAAUUGUUUGUUUCAUUAAUUGAUUGGAUUGUGUUUAGCUUGAAGGAGUUCAGGUGUGAAUAGUGCAUUGUGAUUGGAAGUUCAGGCAUGUGUUUAGAGCGUUGAACUCGCAGGUCGUUUGUGUUUCUCAGUUGAAUAAGUGCUGCUUACAAACACCUGAAACCACGUCCAGUUCCAGGUCCAUCCAGAGUGAAACAGUAAUUGUACACAUUUCCUAAUGACCUUACUGUGCUCUAUGGAGGAGUUUUGGUGAACACUUGGUGAACACUGAACUGGAGAAACAUUGAAAUGAGAAAUAGAAGGAAAUUCAGCACCAGGAUUAAACUCCAACAGCUUCAUUUUUACUAAAUGAGACGUUCUGUCUCCCAUGUGAACAAAUGUAAUCUUCUGGCACUUCUUUAUCUGUGUGUGUGAUUCAGAGCAACAGAAGUGUAGAUGUAACGAGUCGUAUAUUAAAUGUUUAAUAAAAAUAAAGCAUUAUUUUAAUAA